UCUGCUCUGUAGGGUUUGAUCUGAAGAGAGCUGGAGAGAACAUGUGAAGGACAGUGCUGAAUCACCCAAAGUGAUAAAGAGAUCAUUAGCCAGCAUGACUGAUCGUUUUGAACUGUUUUCAACCAUCAUAACAAUUGCAUAAUUCCACGCCAUGUCAUCAUACAUUUCAUUUAAUACGCUUUAAAAAUAUAUAUUAUUAAUUUACUUAGACAUUUAAUUGAUUGUUUGAUUGAUUUACCUCAGAGCUGUAUGUAAAAUAGCUUUGAUUUAACUCACCUUUUGAAAAGCUUUUACCUUAUUGCUGACUCGUGUCGCUUACAACUGUUCUGCAGUAGAUGUCUUUUGAAGGGCCGGUCAUAGAAAUAUCAUGAUUGGACUGAUCAUUCUAUGUCUAUGGGAUUACUGGUCAUUCUAUGUCUAUGGGAUUACUGGUCAUUCUAUGUCUAUGGGAUUACUGGUCAUUCUAUGUCUUUGUCUAUGGGAUUACUGGUCAUUCUAUGUCUAUGGGAUUACUGGUCAUUCUAUGUCUAUGGGAUUACUGGUCAUUCUAGGUCUAUGGGAUUACUGGUCAUUCUAUGUCUUUGUCUAUGGGAUUACUGGUCAUUCUAUGUCUAUGGGAUUACUGGUUAUUCUAUGUCUAUGGGAUUACUGGUCAUUCUAUGUCUAUGGGAUUACUGGCUAUUCUAUGUCUAUGGGAUUACUGGUCAUUCUAUGUCUAUGGGAUUACUGGUCAUUCUAUGUCUAUGGGAUUACUGGUCAUUCUAUGUCUUUGUCUAUGGGAUUACUGGUCAUUCUAUGUCUAUGGGAUUACUGGUCAUUCUAUGUCUAUGGGAUUACUGGUCAUUCUAGAUCUAUGGGAUUACUGGUCAUUCUAUGUCUUUGUCUAUGGGAUUACUGGUCAUUCUAUGUCUAUGGGAUUACUGGUUAUUCUAUGUCUAUGGGAUUACUGGUCAUUCUAUGUCUAUGGGAUUACUGGCUAUUCUAUGUCUAUGGGAUUACUGGUCAUUCUAUGUCUAUGGGAUUACUGGCCAUUCUAUGUCUUUGUCUAUGGGAUUACUGGCCAUUCUAUGUCUUUGUCUAUGGGAUUACUGGCCAUUCUAUGUCUAUGUCUAUGGGAUUACUGGUCAUUCUAUGUCUAUGGGAUUACUGGUCAUUCUAUGUCUAUGGGAUUACUGGUCAUUCUAUGUCUAUGGGAUUACUGGUUAUUUUAUGUCUAUGGGAUUACUGGUCAUUCUAUGUCUAUGGGAUUACUGGUCAUUCUAUGUCUAUGGGAUUACUGGCCAUUCUAUGUCUUUGUCUAUGGGAUUACUGGUCAUUCUGUCUUGUCUUUGGGAAUACGGGUCAUUCUAUGUCUAUGGGAUUACUGGCCAGUCUAUGUCUAUGGGAUUACUGGCCAUUCUAUGUCUUUGUCUAUGGGAUUACGGGUCAUUCUAUGACUUUGUCUGUAGGAUUACUGGUCAUUCUUUGUCUAUGGGGCAAGUGGCAUGUUUGGAAGCUUGUAUACAAUUGCUUAAUGAAAAUACAACUAGGCCUGUAGUGGUCAGUAGUGGUUAUAAUAUAAUUCAGCUUUAAAUGACAAUAUUACACUGUUUUUGCAUAAUAUCCUGUGUUGAUGGUGAGAGAUUAUUUUGUUGAUUACUUUUGAUCAUCUGCUAUAUAAAUUCUUUCUAUUUUCUCAUUUGUAAGCCACUUUGAGGAAAAAAAUGGGUGAUGAUCAGUCUUCAGAUAAUGAGCGUCUAAAGAAGAGGAUUGUAUUCUCAGUCACUCUAAGUAAUCGUCCCAUGCAUGGGAGCGCUCAAAAAAGAAAGAAAAAAAUGAAAAAACACUAGCAUGUUGGUUGUGCAGUUGCCGCUGAACCAUAGCCUGGUCCAGAUCAGUUUGUGCCGUCUUACCAACUUCUUGUCACUCAUUGUCAAUUAUUUAAGGUUUGCGUCUUAAACGGCACCCUGACUCAUAUAGUCCACUACUUUUAAACAGAGCCCUAUGGGCCCUGGUCAAAAGUAGUGGACUGGAUAGGGAAUAGGAUGCCAUUUAGGAUGCAACCAAGGAGUUAAAAACAGACCAAAACGGCUAAAUCAUAGAACCAAAAGAAAGUGAUAGCUAGCUUGCACGGCUUUAACUUUGACCAAUGUCAGUGUGACUAUUUCUGUUCCCUUUUCCUUUAUGCUCGGUUUGAUUUCUCAUUCUGACUGACGGAAUGGAUUGUCAUUGGCUGAGAUGAUGGCUCGUUUUAGCUUGGAGACAGAUGUAGAGUGUAGGCUAUGGUAUCCUAUACUCACAGUGGAGCGGUGUCUGUCUCU